AUGAGGCAUCUUUAUCAGCUCCUGGUGCGCGAUGUUCCUGUCAUUUGGGCUGAUGAAUACAAUUGGUGUAUUCGAGGCCUAGUUGGCGGAUCUGUGCAAGGUGGUGAGGUUUGGCUUAUUGUGGUCAAGGAAGUUGUGUGGCGGCCGCUGUUUGAUGCACAUGGUCUUGCGCCAUUUUUGGUCUCCGGACGUGUUGGGCUUCUUGCGUCGGUGAUGGUUUUUAGCGUUGCACAUGGUACAAUCUCCUUCGAUCUUGAGAAGAUUUUUCCUCGACAAACGUCAAGUCUAAUCAUCGGAUAG